AACGAUUCGAAAAACAAAUAGGAAAACAUGGAAAUGAAAGAGAACACUGCCUGCGUACCAUUUAUCUCCCACCUUUCUGCUUGUGAUAGUGUUUUCACCGGGAAUUUUCAAAACAAUCUGCUGUCAUGUGAGGUUCCAAAUCGGCAAGAAACAACUCAUAAAAAGAUCUUCCCCUUUGUCGAUUCUAAUUUCAUCAGGCUUCAAUGAAAUAGUGCAAUUUUAGUUCGUAAAUUACAGGCGAUGGCUCCUUCCGCCGCAGGAGUUACCCCGCUCCGUGCACCACCCACAGUAACGGAACCACCUGCUCCGACCUGGGUCCGGGAGAGCAAUCUGCUCUGGUACCAUCGGUGGAUGAUCCGGGUGCUGCAGGCCGGUCCCAUACCCACGCACGUCGCGUUCAUCAUGGACGGUAAUCGGCGGUACGCCCGGAAAGCAAACAUUGCCAAAGCGGAGGGCCAUUCGGCCGGGUUCGAGAAACUUUCCGAAACACUGCAGUGGUGCCUGGAGGUGGGAAUCAGCGAGGUAACGGUGUACGCGUUCAGCAUCGAAAACUUCAAGCGCACACAGGAGGAGGUAGACACUUUGAUGAAUCUUGCGCGGGAAAAAUUCCAACGACUGUUGGCCGAACGGGACAAGCUGCACGAGCGGGGCAUCUGUAUCCGAAUCAUCGGCAACUGGGAUCUGCUGGAACCGGACAUUCGGCGUAGCAUCGCGGAAGCGGUACUGCUGACGCGCCACAACCGUAAGGCCAUCCUGAAUGUGGCGUUCGCGUACACGUCUCGGGACGAGAUAACACAUUCCAUCCGUACCGUCGCGCAGGCCGUCGGCGAUGGGCAGCUCGAACCGGAGGACGUCAACGAGGAGCUGCUGACGCGCUGCCUGUACACAAAGUAUUCCGCCGAGCCGGAUCUGCUGGUGCGUACAUCCGGCGAGGUGCGGUUAAGUGAUUUCCUGCUCUGGCAGUCGGCCACCACCGUCAUGUACUUUACCGAGACGCUUUGGCCCGAGUUCACCAUCUGGCAUUUGCUCGGUGCCGUGUUCUACUAUCAACGGGUACGCUGGCGAAUGCUGGACGUGCGAAAAGCGCUAGACCAAUACACUCACGGUGGUGUAGAAUUGUGUGGAAAGCGAAAGGAACGCAUCGGCCGUUUUUUGGAGUACGUGGAACGACAGGAAGAGCAUCAACUGGUGCGGCUGGUACGGGGGACGGGUAUAAAAUAAAAUCGAUCAGCUACCGCCGGGAACUUAGCGUGAGUGCGGAAUUAUGUUAAAUUUUGUUUUCUUUUCCACUAGGUGUUAUGUUAUAAACGAACAAUGCUAGAACAAUGCCAAUCGCAUCCAAAACCACUGUUA